AUGGCUAUGGACCAGACAUUUUCCUGGGGUCAUGGAAAACCCCAAGAUAGCCCUUGGGGAUCGGGGCUGCCACCGUCUGUACACUCCCAAAGAGCCCUGAUUGAAAAGCAGGACUGUGACUCUGAGGCUUGGCACAUUAGCUUUAGAGCGUUUACCAGCUCGGAGGAAUCAGACCCUGUCCAGGAUCUGAGGAGACUCUAUGAACUCUGCCAUCUGUGGCUGAGGCCAGAUCUUCACACCAAGGAGCAGAUUCUGGAUAAGCUGGUGAUGGAGCAGUUUAUGAUCUCAAUGCCGCAGGAGCUCCAGGUCUUAGUCAAGGAGAGUGGUGUGGAGAGUUGCAGAGACCUGGAGGACAUGCUAAGAAAUAACAUGAAACCCAAGAAAUGGACCAUAGUGAGCUUAGGAGGACAGAAAUUUCUUAUACGAAAUUCAGAUGUUCAGAUGGCCGAAGCUGAGGUCAGUGGCAUGGACGAUGUGAUAGACUUGUCCAGGAAGCGUCAAUCCUCUGUGAGUGAGAUACAUCCAGAGAAGAAUCAGCAGGUCAGCCGAGAGCUGGGGAACCAGCCAGGAAUCUGUGAAAUGUCAGCGGCGCAGGGACGGAAAGUUCUCCUGCCAGAGACCAUUCCUAAGGUAGAUGACCGGGAGGGUCUGAGACGCAAGCAGAACUUGAAGGAGGACCUGAUGGGAGACAGGGAAGAGACAACAACACGUGAAUCUCAAGAGCCUCAGCUUCCGAAGUGUCCUGAUUCUGUAAGGGCCAAGGACGGGAAGAAUCCCCAAGAAGAAACUUCUAUUAAAAAUGUGGAUGCCGACAUACCUUCCACCCUCAUUUCAGAGAGAGAAGUUUUGACUCAGACUGGGAAUAGAGUAGAUUCCCAGAAGAGUGCAAGAAGCUCCAAAAGAAGAGAACAGGACAACACUCCCAUUUCCCAAGACAUGCCUCAAGAAAGAGCCACAUAUUUGGACAAAGGAGAAUUCUCAGGACAGCUUGGGUCAAAUUCAGUUCAUUCGCCAAGCGCCGUGGAAUCAUCCGAUCUUCCUGUUGGCAAAGAAGCCACAGGAUGGAUGAAAGAAUGUAGGGUAUGCAAGAAGAGAUUUCAUUAUAAAUCUCAGUUCGACCUUCACCAGAGGACACACACAGGCGAGAGACCCUUUAAAUGCAAUAUCUGUCCCAAGGGUUUCAUGCAGGCUUCAGACCUCCGAGUUCACCAGCGGAUCCACACAGGCGAGAAGCCGUACUGCUGUAGACUCUGUCUCAAGAAGUUCACUCACGACUCCACCCUGCGCAGCCAUGAGAAGAUCCACACCAAGGAAAAGCCGUACCGAUGUGAAGACUGCGAGAAAGCUUUCACCCACAAGGGGAACCUCAACGUCCACCGACGCACCCACUCUGGAAUCAAACCCUAUGUGUGUCAUGAGUGCCAAGGUGCCUUCCGUCAGCUGGGAACUUUUAAACGCCACCAAAAAACACAUUCAAAAAUGAUUUCCCAGUGA